AUGGCUGAUAAUAAUAAGGUGACUGUGAUGGUGCUCAAGGUUGAUCUGCAGUGUCCCUGCUGUUACAAAAAGGUGAAGAAAAUCCUCUGCAAAUUUCCUCGUGCCAAAGUCAUCAAAAGCAUUGAGAUCAAAGAGAAGACUAAACAGCCCGAGAAGCCCAAACAGCCCGAGAAGCCUAAAGAGCCCGAGAAACCCAAAGAGCCGGUAAAGCUGAAGGAGCUUGCUGAGAAGCCCAAAGUCGUCGUGAUCGAAAAGCCCAAGGAACUAGAGAAGCCCAAGGUCGUGAUACCCGAGAAGCCCAAAGAGCCCGAGAAACCAAAACAAGUGGAGAAGGCCCAAGAAAAGCCCAAGGAAGUGGAGAAGCCCAAAGAAAUGGAGAAGCCCAAGGAAGUGGAGAAGCCCAAAGAAGGUCCAAAACCGGAGCCUCCGAAAAUAAUACCUCAGGCGGCACCGAACUUUCCUCAGCCGGAGCCGGCGGUGGGACCCUGGGGGGUGCCGGUAAACGAGUAUCCAGCGACUUAUCCUGUGCGUACGUGUUGUGGGGAAUGCUACGAAGGUUAUGGUGGGGGGCCAUGUUACAAUGGAUAUGGGACUCCACAACCGUGCUAUGAUGAUGAGUACUAUGGGUAUGGGUAUGGGUAUGGUAGGGGAUGCCCCAUGAGAAGGUGUGAUUACUACUACUUCAGUGAUGAGAACCCUCGUGGCUGCUCCAUCAUGUGA